GUCUGUCCUCUGCUUGGCCGCAGUGUUCGGCAUGAUCAUCACCAUCGGGCAGUCGAUCGUGUACGUCAUGACGGGCAUGUACGGGGACCCCUCGGAGAUGGGCGCCGGCAUCUGCCUGCUGAUCACAAUCCAGCUUUUCGUCGCGGGCCUGAUCGUGCUCCUUCUGGACGAACUCCUGCAGAAGGGCUACGGCCUCGGCUCCGGCAUCUCCCUCUUCAUCGCCACCAACAUCUGCGAGACCAUCGUGUGGAAGGCCUUCAGCCCAACCACCGUCAACACCGGCCGAGGGAUGGAGUUCGAAGGCGCCAUCAUCGCGCUCUUCCACCUCCUGGCCACCCGCACGGACAAGGUGCGCGCCCUCCGCGAGGCCUUCUACCGCCAGAACCUGCCCAACCUCAUGAACCUCAUCGCCACCAUCUUCGUGUUCGCCGUGGUCAUCUACUUCCAGACCGCGGUGUGGACGCUCAGAGGCAAAAAUCGGAUUCCCUCGUCCAGUCUGAGGGGGGCGCGGAGGCCGGGCCUCCACGUGUGUGUUUUCCGCCCGUCCCAGGACACGUCCUCGGGGGGCCCGGCCCGCGCCUACCCGGUGGGCGGCCUCUGCUACUACCUGUCCCCUCCGGAGUCGUUCGGGUCGGUGCUGGAGGACCCCGUGCACGCCGUGGUCUACAUCGUGUUCAUGCUGGGCUCCUGCGCGUUCUUCUCCAAGACCUGGAUCGAGGUCUCGGGCUCCUCCGCCAAGGACGUGGCCAAGCAGCUGAAGGAGCAGCAGAUGGUCAUGCGGGGCCACCGGGAGACGUCCAUGGUCCACGAGCUCAACCGGUACAUCCCCACGGCGGCGGCCUUCGGCGGGCUGUGCAUCGGGGCGCUGUCGGUGCUGGCCGACUUCCUGGGCGCCAUCGGCUCGGGCACGGGCAUCCUGCUGGCCGUCACCAUCAUCUACCAGUACUUCGAGAUCUUCGUCAAGGAGCAGAGCGAGGUCGGCAGCAUGGGGGCGCUGCUCUUCUGAGCCUCCGCGCCCGGCCUCCCCGCCCGGCCUCCGCGCCGCCCCAGCCCCCCCACCCCCAAUGCCACGCGUGUUUUGCAGUU